GCGGCUCCAGUCAUCCACGGAGGUCAGAAGUGACAAGAAAGGCCUUCUGAGAUCACAAUGGCAGAAGAGUGGGGAAAACAGUCAUUUGCUGCCCGGCGGUACAAUGAAGAAACAACAAGGGGAUCUGCCUUCGCUUACACAAACAGCAACAACACCAGAGAUCCAUUUGAGGGUCCCAAUUACCACAUUGCUCCUCGAUGGAUUUACAACGUUGCAACAAUCUGGAUGUUUUUUGUGGUCGUCGCAUCAGUCUUUACCAACGGUCUGGUGUUGGUGGCAACAGCGAAGUUCAAGAAACUCCGUCACCCACUGAAUUGGAUCUUGGUCAAUCUUGCCAUUGCUGAUCUUGGAGAGACAGUUUUUGCCAGCACCAUCAGUGUUUGCAAUCAGUUUUUUGGUUACUUCAUUCUGGGACAUCCAAUGUGUGUCUUUGAGGGCUACGUUGUCUCUGUUUGUGGAAUUGCUGCUCUGUGGUCUCUGACAAUCAUCUCCUGGGAGAGAUGGGUUGUUGUGUGCAAACCUUUUGGAAAUGUCAAGUUUGAUGCCAAAUGGGCCUCAGCUGGAAUUAUCUUCUCCUGGGUCUGGGCAGCAGUGUGGUGUGCACCACCAAUGUUUGGCUGGAGCAGGUACUGGCCUCAUGGACUGAAGACUUCCUGUGGGCCUGAUGUAUUCAGUGGAAGUGAAGACCCUGGAGUGCAGUCCUACAUGAUUGUUCUUAUGGUUACAUGUUGUUUACUUCCUUUGGCUAUAAUCAUCCUGUGCUACCUUGCCGUCUGGUGGGCCAUCCAUUCAGUUGCCAUGCAGCAGAAGGAAUCAGAGUCAACCCAGAAAGCUGAAAAAGACGUAUCCAGAAUGGUCGUUGUCAUGAUCGUGGCAUAUUGUUUCUGCUGGGGACCGUAUACAUUUUUUGCCUGCUUUGCUGCGGCCAACCCCGGUUACGCCUUCCAUCCUCUGGCUGCUGCCUUGCCGGCAUACUUUGCCAAAAGCGCCACCAUUUACAACCCCAUCAUUUAUGUCUUCAUGAACCGACAGUUCCGCACAUGCAUCAUGCAGCUUUUUGGCAAAGAAGUGGAUGAUGCUUCUGAAGUGUCCACAUCAAAGACAGAGGUCUCAUCUGUGGCUCCUGCCUAAACCUCCAUCUCCAUGUUUCCUGUUUGAAAGUCAAACUGAGAACCAUUGUACAACCAUGUACAGUAUAUGUGUAAUGUUACAUUUCUUUUCUUAUUUAAUAGAUAUAGCUUUCUGGCAAAUGAAAAAGCAAAAAUAUUCAUGAAGAAAAAUAAUCAUUGUAUCACUGUUUGUUUUUUCUGAUGAAUAUAAAAAAAAAUAUCAAGCAUA